AUGGGCAUUUUCAAAGUGAUAGUCACGGCGUUUGCUGCUUUGUCAGCUGUCGAUGCUGCAAGUCUGAUAAACUCUGUGGACGAUAAGGACAUUGUCCCAGAUUCAUACCUUGUUGUUAUGAAAGACUCUGUCUCGCCCAUUGAUUUUGAUUCCCAUGUAGCCUGGGCUACAGAUCUCCAUCGAGAGAGUAUUAGCAAGCGGGGAUCCGAAAGCCUUGAUGGCUUCAAGCACUCAUAUAAGAUCAAUGGAUGGCAUGCGUAUAGUGGCUCGUUCCACCGCGAGACGCUUAAUGAAAUCCUUCGAAACGACAAGGUCGACUUUGUUGAGCACGAUCGCUACGUUCAUAUAGAUGGUUUUAUCACUCAACAAAACGCACCAUCCUGGGGACUCGGGAGGGUCUCCCACCGCCAGAAUGGCACUAGGGAUUAUGUUUACGAUGAAACUGCUGGAAAUGGCAUCACCUUCUAUGGAGUCGACACCGGAAUUGAUAUCCGCCAUCCUGACUUUGGUGGUCGUGCUGUCUGGGGUGUCAACGUUGUCAAUGGGACCGGAGACAACGAUCGUCAUGGUCAUGGGACCCAUACUGCUGCCACCGCGACUGGAACUACCUACGGUCUUGCUAAGAAGGCCAAAGUUGUGGCCGUGAAGGCUCUCAACGACCACGGCGCCGGGCUGUGGAGCAACAUCAUGAAAGCUCUCGAGUGGUGUGUCAAUGAUGCCCGGGAGAAAAACAUACUUGGAAAGGCAGUGUUGAAUUUGUCCAUCAGCGGUGGGAAGGUUGUAGCAGCAAACCAGGCUAUUACCAACACUGCAAAGGCCGGAAUAUUUGUUUCUGUGGCUGCCGGAAAUGAUAACUUUCUACUGCAAGAUGCUACAAACAAAAGCCCGGCCUCCGCUGAAGGGGUAUGCUGUGCUGCCGCCACCACUAUCAGAGACGCAAAGGCCAAUUUCUCCAACUAUGGAUCAGUCGUUGAUAUUUACGCACCCGGUCAAGGGAUAACCUCCGCUACACCUAACAACUCGACCGGAGUCAUGUCUGGGACGUCUAUGGCUGCUCCCCAUGUUGGUGGUGUUGGAGCCACUCUCAUGGCUUCUAAGGGCAUUGCUCCAGCCGCCGUCUGUGCUGAGCUUGUCAAGAUGGCAUCCGGCCCUGUUCAGAACCCAGGAAGCAACACUACCAACAAGCUUCUCUACAAUGGCAGUGGCAAGUAG